AUGCGGCGUUAUUGCGCAUUUACUUCUAGAAACACUAUGCCAUUGAACCUGCCUGCACCAAACGCUUCUUGUUGCGUCCCGGCCUGCACUCCUGCCAACGCUUGUUACUUCUUCUUGCCUGCACUUCCACCAAUUAAUGCCUCUUUUUCCUCUGCCGCAGCACCAACAGAUGCCCAAACCGCUGUCAACAACUUCCUUGCCUCGCUCCGCGGCAACAACAAUCUCGCUCAAGGAGAAGAAGGAGGAGAAGGCCAGGGCCAGGGUCAGGGCCCAUACAUAACUCUCUCUGACCUUCUCACAACUUCCACCACCAUCCCCGUAAUCAACAAUGCCACAGAAGCGCAACUCGACAACUUCCUCUCCUACCUGCCUCCGACGGUGCUGCUCUUAGCCCAAGAAUCCUCCGCACAAAUCGACGGCAUGGAGCCAACCAGCGGCACAGUACAGGCGGCUUUGGAAGCACUUAGCGUGUCCCAAAAGCGAGCGAUCCUGAAGAGAGUGCUCCAUAGCCCACAGUUCAGCCAAGGCCUUGGCAGCUUGACGAUGGCUCUACAGCAGGGUGGCCUGCCGAGCGUGGCCGAAGCACUGAAGAUCAAGGUUGAUAAUAAGGCAAUGUAUGCACAGGGAGGAGAGGCAGUUAGGCAGUUUGUGGAGGGGAUUAAGAAGUCGGUUGUGGAGGAGGGUCAAUAG